CGGCCGCGGCCUCUGCGGACCCCCCGCGGCCCCCGGGGGCGGCCGCCGCGCCUCUCGCGCCGCCUCAGUCCGCUCAUCUGGACCCCGGGUUAACAGGGCGGGGGCCGGGGUGGGGUUCCUCCGGCCAGCGCUUGGGGGCUGGAAGUAGCCCAUAAACGUGACCCACGGCCCCUGUCACCAUCAACCUGGGGUUCAACUCCUCCUUCCUCGGAGCCGGACACCCCGCCCUCUCGCCUGUUCCCUGGGGGAGCCGCCUUGCUCCGCCCUGAUCAGUAGGAGGGGAAGGUGUUCAAGAAGAUCGCCGGCUGAUUCUUGGGCACGUGGAAGUUUGAGAGGCACUGAUCUAAACGACACUAUGAGGGAGCUCAUUGUUACACUUCACCGCCCUAUUGAAUAUUCUGCCAAUUGCCUCAAAUUCUGUGUGGAAGGAGAGUGUGGACGUAAAGUGAGAACCACUAUCCUGAGGAUACUUCACCGCCUAAUUGGCUGUCUUUCGCUGGGCAGGGCCCUGGAAAGAAUGGGGAGCUAUAGGUCCCUGCUCCUGGGACUCCCUGCAGAUAUCUUUCUGAGACACCAAAGACCACUCUGCGAGCAGGGCAGGCCGAGUGCCCUGCGCUCCGAGUCGUGCUCCGCGCGCCUGGGCUGCUGCGAGGUUCCCAAGGCAACGGCAAGCCGCUCGCCGCGUCUCCCGAGUGACGAGGCGUCAGCGAAGACCUGGAGGCCGGAUCGAAGAACCGGAGCCACGGAGCGAACGCUGGAUCUAGAAGUCCCCCACCAAGUGAGGAUGUCUGCAGAGUCCAGGACGUGGCUCCCGCCCAGAACCCGAUGGCUGGACAAUGGUAAAUUCUCCCCCAGUCUUCUGUCAUCUCAACAGUGGGACUAUUAUCCUAUGCCACGACAGGAUGUCAUACAGAUGAGGACACUGAGGCACAGAGAGAGUGACAUCGAGUCAGGACUGAUCGCACAGGAACAGAGGGUCUGGAUCUGCAAAUGCAUCUGUCUCCAUUCCCCCGCACCCCACAUUUCCAGGGCCCCCGGCUAGGUGAAGACACCACAGGUCAUUCGCCUCACCUGCAGCCUCCCAAUUUCCACGGAAAGAUGUGAUGGUGACCAUGCACUUAUGUGACCCAGGAUUCAGAUGGCUGAAGUCCGUCCAUCCGUUCACACCGAAGAUGCACGUGAAGGA